AGGACAAAAUGGCGACGGCGGGCACCGGGAGCCGGACGGUGUUUACCGGGGACACCGGGACCGGGAGCCGCGGCAACAAGAGCUCGGAGCCGAGUGAAGAGCCGGCCUCGGCCCAGAAGCAGCUCGCGUUGUGCAGAAAGCACCUCCGCAAAGUCAAGAGUGUCGACUUCGACGCCUCGGUGGAGAAGGAGCCGAGUCCGGAGCCGUGUCUGCCCCAGGCCGGAGCGGAGCAGCCCGCGCAAUCCGGCGGCACUGCCGGGCCAGCAGGAUAUGGAUAUGGGGGCUCGGCCGGGGCCAUUCUUAUGGAUAUAGGCCCUCCGUUCAGUCGUGACCUUGAAAAUAAGGAGACACUCAGGGGGUUACCAAAAAUGGAUGACCGCCCGGAGGAGCGCAUGAUCAGGGAAAAGCUGAAAGUGACAUGCAUGCCAGCUUGGAAACAUGAAUGGUUAGAAAGAAGGAACAGGCGAGGACCAGUGGUUGUGAAACCAAUUCCAGUGAAAGCAGAUGGACCUGAGUUAGGCACUCGAGCAUCUGACUGUCACACAGAUAUGAUUGCCUCGUCACAAAUACAGCGAGGAAGGCGCAGUCCUUCCCCUGGUAGUUCUUCUUCUGCCACGUCAUCGUCAUCUUCCUCAAAAACUACUACAAAGUCUGAAUCACCUGGUGUAAGAAGGAAAAGGGUAUCACCAGUACCUUUUCAGAGUGGACGUGUGACUCCUCCAAGGAGAGCACCUUCACCAGAUGGGUUCUCACCUUACAGCCCUGAGGAAACUAACCGAAGAGUCAACAAAGUAAUGCGAGCACGACUGUACUUGCUGCAGCAAAUAGGUCCAAAUUCCUUCCUCAUUGGAGGCGAUGUUCCUGAUAACAAGUACAGAGUGUUCAUUGGUCCUCAGACCUGCAGUUGUGGGCGUGGAACAUUCUGCAUUCAUGUUCUGUUUGUUAUGCUGCGAGUCUUCCAGUUGGAGCCUUCUGAUUCAUUGCUGUGGCGAAAGACAUUAAAAAACUUUGAGGUGGAGAGUCUUUUUCAGAAAUACCACAGCAGACGCAGUUCACGUAUCAAAGCUCCUUCACGCAACACCAUCCAAAAGUUUGUUUCUCGGAUGUCUAACUCUCACACUUCUGCUUCAUCCAGUACCUGUACGUCCAGUGCAGAACACAGCUUAAAGGAUGAAGAAGAACAAAUGUGUCCUAUUUGUCUACUGGAUAUGCUGGAUGAGGAAAGCUUGACUGUGUGUGAAGAAGGCUGCAGGAAUAAACUUCACCAUCACUGCAUGUCAAUCUGGGCUGAAGAAUGUAGAAGGAACCAUGAGACCCUGAUCUGUCCUCUUUGUAGAGCCAAAUGGAAGUCCCGAGAACUGCACAGCCAUCAAUCUCAAAGUUCAGUGCAUAAUCAGACUCCGUCGCUGGAAGUAGAUCCACAAAGACGGCAGCAGGACAAUGACUUCAAUCUUCGUCAUUAUGGGGUUCAACAAAUCCCACAAGGUUAUAAAGAGUUGGCAGAACCCUGGAUUCAGGUAUUUGGAAUGGAACUGGUUAGUUGUCUCUUUUCUCGGAACUGGAAUGUACGAGAGAUGGCAUUAAGGCGACUUUCACAUGAUGUUAGUGGAGCCUUGCUGUUGGCAAAUGGCGAGAUUCGUACUGGAAGUUCCUCCUCUACUAAUGGAAGUGACACUGGAUCUAGUAGUCUGCCAGGAGCCAAUGGGUCAUCUCAGAUUGAUCUCUCAGGAGACGUGGUGGUGGAGUCAUGUUGCAGUGUACUAUCUAUGGUCUGUGCUGAUCCGGUCUACAAAGUAUAUGUCGCUGCUUUGCAUUUUGUGGUGGGUGAGAUGGUAAAAUCAGCAUGGCACCUAGAGCAGACCAUGCACAGAAUGGCGGCUUCUCCCGGCAGUCAAAGUCAGCAGCAGAUGCGGCUCCUUAUGGUGACUGGAGGCAGUGGCAGAGGCAGCAACAGGGACGUGCUCCUGGCAUUUGGGACUGGAGCGGCGGCAAAGCUAGUGAUCAGAGGCAGCAGCGGCAGACUUUUCAAGAUGGCAAGGCGACAUCUUGAGGAAAGUGGCUGGAGCGGGACCGUUUACGAAACGGCGGUGGUCUUAUCUGGGAUCAGAGCCAGAGGCUUCUGGUUGCGGUAGAUCCAGACUAGGGGCUCCCGACGUUUGCAAGCAGUCACGGCGUGGUAUGCCCAGAGCUGGGACUUCUGGUGUCACUGAGCCAGUGGCAGCAGCAGAGCUGGAGCCUCCUGGUUGCGGGGUGAAUAUGUGUUUAGUACAGGAUCCACCAUCAGCGGUGGUGUCAGCGGUGAAGAGAUGGCAUCUAAAGAUUGGCGACUCCAAUGUUGAAGGGGGUGGUGAGGCACUAGAGAUGGUGUCGCAGCGCAGGUGGGGCUGAUGAGCUAGUC